AUGCUCUACAUUGACCAACCUGUGCAGUCAGGAUUCUCGUUUGACCGGUUGCGAGAAGGUUCCUUAAACUUACUUGAUUCGACAUAUACGUUUCCUCCUUCUGAGCCACCAGCCAACCAGUCUAGAAUCACUUGGCUUGAUGGUAUCACUUCUUCGAAUAACGUGCAGGUCACCACAAACACCACUUCCACAGCUGCAAAAGCGCUUUGGCAUGUUCUGCAAGCUAUUCUAGCGGAGUUUCCACAAUACGCCUCAGUGUCUCAGGGCGCUGCGAAUAUUCAUCUAUUUUCGGAGAGCUACGGAGGAAAAUAUGCCCCAAAUUUUGUGUCUUAUUUCGAAAAUCAAAAUGCAAAGCUGAAAGAAGGGAGGCUAUCUCCUACGGAUACUCUUCGAAUUAACAUUCAAUCUAUAGGAAUAUUGCAAGGUUGUAUUGACGACCUUGUUCAAAAUCCCUACUUCCCGAUUUUUGCAUACAACAAUAGCUAUGGUAUCAGCGCCAUCACACAAGAAGAGAAGGACGGCUUCUUGACGAAUUUCUCUAAGCCGGGUGGCUGCCGAGAUAAAGUUAUUGGUUGUCGAGAAGAAAUUAAAGCUUCCGACCCUGAAAACACAGGCACCGUAGAGGUCGUGAAUAAAAAGUGCCUAGAGGCGCUUUCUACGUGUUUAUCAGAAACACCCAACUUAUUCUCGAAACUCGGGCGUAGCAGCCAUGAUAUCUCACAGAGCAGCCUUGAUCCAUUUCCAUCUCAUACAUACCUUGAAUAUCUUAACCAGGAAGAUGUGCAGAAAUCAAUCGGGGCUCAGAUGAAUAUUACGGAUUAUAGCUCAACUGUUUCAACCGCCUUCCUCGGUACAGCUGACUAUGACCGGGGAGAUUAUGUCUCAGAGCUAGCCAAGCUGCUGAAUAAAGGAAUACGAAUUGCUCUGAUAUAUGGGGACAGGGAUUACAUAUGCAACUGGAUGGGUGGCCAGGCAACCGCAUUUUCAAUUGCAGCUUCGUCUUCUUCGUAUCUAAGCGGCUUCAACGCCGCUGGCUAUGCGCCCCUCAUCAUCAACGAUACCUAUGUUGGGGGGAUGACUCGCCAGUUCGGCAAUCUAUCAUUCACCCGAAUAUAUGACGCCGGCCACUUGAUAUCUGCCUACCAACCGGAGACACUCUUCACGCUCUUCUCGCGCAUCGUCCAGGGAUCAGUUGACCUAUCCACUGGCCAGAAGGUAGAUAUAUCUACGUUUAGCACACAAGGUGAUGCAAAUACUACGGCAACCAAUUCAUCCCCUCCGAUGGCUAAACCGACCUGUUACCUUCGGAGGGUGAAAGAUACCUGUUCACAAGAGCAGACGGAGAAACUGGCUCGUGGGGAUGGGGUUAUUGUCAAUGGAAUCUGGUAUGAGUCUGAAUCCGACUGGAAAAUGCCAUCCCCUACCAGUAGAGAAGGGGAAGGUGGUGCAGCUUGGACCGGGAGUGUGGUCCAAGCCUAUGUUGCUACUAGCACACCAUCAAUGAUAGGGCAACGUUCGGUUAAACGUUCGUCGGGGACGAAGCAGCUUGGUUCCUCGGGCCUGGUUGGCUUAAUAACAGUCGUUUUCGCAGCGCUCACCACGACUUCCUUGCCAUAUUGA